AAUCUGCGGGUGCACUUCAAGAACACCCGUGAGACUGCCCAGGCCAUCAAGGGCAUGCACAUCCGCAAGGCCACCAAGUACCUGAAGGAUGUCACCCUGAAGAAGCAAUGUGUGCCCUUCCGCCGCUACAAUGGUGGCGUCGGCAGGUGUGCCCAGGCCAAGCAGUGGGGCUGGACCCAGGGACGUUGGCCCAAGAAGAGCGCAGAGUUCCUGCUGCACAUGCUGAAGAAUGCAGAGAGCAACGCUGAGCUCAAGGGUCUGGAUGUGGAUUCCCUGGUCAUCGAGCACAUCCAGGUGAACAAGGCCCCCAAGAUGCGGCGUCGCACUUACAGAGCCCACGGCCGGAUCAACCCUUACAUGAGCUCCCCGUGCCACAUCGAGAUGAUCCUCACGGAGAAGGAGCAGAUCGUGCCCAAGCCAGAGGAGGAGGUUGCCCAGAAGAAGAAGAUAUCCCAGAAGAAGCUGAAGAAACAAAAGCUCAUGGCUCGGGAGUAAAUCUGUACAGACAGUUCUACAUAAAUAAGACUAAAAAGUU